AGUUUUUUUAAACUACAUUAAAAUGCUAAGAUUUGUUGUAAUGGUAUUAGCAGUGGUCGUCCACUACAACCACCAGUGCUAUGCCAGUGGUUACGGAAGUUAUGGUGGUGGCGGCGGUGGACUUAUUGGUGGUGGUUAUGGUGGUGGAGGAUAUGGAGGUGGUCUGGGAGGCGGUAUGGGUGGAGGAGGACUUGGACUAGGAUUUGGCGGCGGAAUUAUCGGCGGCGGUGGUGGUGGUGGUCGUGUAAACGCUGCCAUUAUUAGCUCACGUAGUCUACAGCUAAUACCKACCGGCAGUCAACUGGGAUCAUCSGCACCGACCAUUGUCGACGUCGAUAGCGGCGUACAACCCGUCCAAUUGAAUUUUGUCAGUCGAUCGUCACCGUUGUUGGCCACCCAACAUCAUAUCGGCCAACAGGGUAGCCAUCAGUCCASYCAAUCGGUCGAUCAGCCRCAUCAGCUCAGCCACGAAGUCRUACGACCUGUUUUCCAGAUGGUYCGCGAAGUGGUUGUACCCCAGCGUCAGAUCAUCCAAGAGAUACGUCCGGUUGUCGAGAAUGUCCAGACACUGGUAGCCACUGGUCAGGGAAGAGGAGGUMUCGGCGGCGGCGGAUUUGGUGGCGGAUUCGGUGGCGGAUUCGGCGGCGGCAUUGGUGGCGGCGGCUAUGGAGGCGGUAUUGGUUUGGGYGGUAAAGGAGGUGGCGGUGGUGGUGGUGGYUAUGGWGGCGGUCUAUCAAUGGGUUUCGGUAAAAGACAUUAUUAA